AUGGCUGCUUUCACUUGUACUUCUCGUCCUCCGAUUUCUCUCCGGUCAGAGAUGAGGAUCGUCGCAUCGUCGUCACCGACGGUUUCGCUCUCUACUCGACAGAUGUUCUCCGUGUUACCGGAAUCGGGAGGAUUGAGGACUCGUGUUUCUUUGUCUUCGGUCUCGAAGAAUUCUAGGGUUUCUCGAUUACGAAGAGGCGUUAUCUGUGAAGCUCAGGAAACCGCUACUGGGAUUCCAAUAGUCGAUGAUACGACAUGGGAGUCUCUAGUUCUCAAGGCUGAUGAGCCUGUUCUUGUGGACUUUUGGGCACCAUGGUGUGGACCUUGCAAAAUGAUAGACCCUAUUGUGAAUGAAUUAGCACAACAGUACACAGGAAAGGUCAAGUUCUACAAACUAAACACCGAUGAUUCUCCUGCAACACCGAGCAAGUACGGUGUUAGAAGCAUCCCAACUUUCAUGAUCUUUGUUAACGGAGAGAAGAAGGAUACGAUCAUUGGCGCAGUGCCUAAAACCACAUUAGCAUCGAGCAUCGACAAAUUCUUUCAGUGA